UUCAUUUUCAAAUAAAAUUCUUUCUGAAAAAGAAGAGCCAAUAAUGAAAAUAUUAAUAGCAAAGAAAGAACAUUCCCAAGAUGAUGAACAUUGUCUUCGAGAACAGAUGGAAAUUAUCAGAAAAAAUUGGACAGAACAAUGGGGUAGUGGGCAAUUAGACAGGCUUAGACGUUUCGGAGAAAGUGAGGCUUUGCAAGAACAAUUAGAACGUACUCGGCAAUGGAUGGAGGAGUUUAAAGAAGUUGGUGAUUUGUGUUGUGCACUUGCCUAUUUUGAUGAACCUGAGCUAAUGGCAAGAAGAAUUUUCUUUCUAAUAAAUGAGAUAAUCUAGCCUUACUACAAGAUAACCUCAAUUUAAGAUACAUUAAUUUAAGAUAGUGAAUUUGGUUGAAACCUAGCUGCUUAAAGCAAUAUCCCCUACAUACAUUUUUAGGAUACACUUCUUUAUAAGAUAAUACAAGUUUUUUUAUCCCCAAGGGGCAUU